CCGGCCCUGCCGCUCCUCCCGGCCUCCGCAGUCCCGGCCCGGCGGGCGGCCGGAGCCCCGCCAUGCUGCAGUGCAAGCCGGCGCAGGAGUUCAGCUUCGGGCCCCGCGCUCUGAAGGACGCGCUCAUCUCCACAGACCCGGCCCUGCAGGAGCUCUACGCCAAGGCCUUCUCCAGGGCGGAGAAGCUGUUCCUGUCCGAGGCCUACAACCCCCAGCGCACGCUGUUCUGCACGCUGCUCAUCCGCACGGCCUUCGACUGGCUGCUCAGCCACCCCGAUGCCCCCGAGGACUUCGAGACCUUCUACCACGCCAUGCUGAGGAGGAAGCAGAACUUCUGUCGAAAGCACAUUUACCUGCAGCCUAUAGAUUUAAUCGAAGGGCCUGCUGGGCUCUCUCUGCUGGAUUCCCUCCAGAGCUGUGUGGAGUCUUUCUUCCUGGGUCUGCGUGUGAAGUGCCUUCCCUCCAUCCCCGUGUCCUCCAUCCACUGCUGCUUCCGCCACAGCCGGGACUCGGACAGGGUGCAGCUCCACGCAGAUGGGAUCCUGAAUUUCCUGAAGAACAACAAGCCCAUGGAUGCCCUGUGUGUUCUUGGACUUACCUUGCUGGACCUUUACCCUUGUGAGACCUGGAGCUUCACAUUCAGCAAAUUCCUGCCAGGACAAGAAGUGGGAGUCUGCAGCUUUGCCAGGUUUUCUGGGGAUUUCCCCCAGGCUGGCUGUAGCACCUUGAACCCAGCCAGGCAGAAGGAAGAGCUGUGUGAAGUCAGCAAGGAGGGCAGAGACCGGACCUUGCAGUUCAGUGCCCAGGAGAUGGUCCAGUGCUGUAAGGUGACCUGCCACGAGAUCUGCCACCUGAUGGGGCUGGGGACGUGUCGCUGGCUGCAGUGCAUCAUGCAGGGAGCCCUGAGCCUGGAUGAGGCCCUGCUGAGGCCCCUGGAGCCCUGCCCCAUCUGCCUGAGGAAGCUGCAGCACGUCGUGGGCUUCAAACUCAUCGAGCGCUACAGGAAGCUCUAUGCUUGGACACAGACCGUGCUGUCCACGUGGCCGAGGCAGGAGCCAGCAGAGCUGUCAGCCUCAGAGGACACCCCCCCGUUCAGCUCCGACUCCGGGAUGUGCUGCGAGAACGACUCCGAGGCCGUGACGUCCCUGUCGGAGCCGCUGACCCCCGACACCUGCAGCCAGGGCCUGUCCCUGGGGCCUGAGCUGGAGCAGGACGAGCAGCCCAGCUCCCUGCCCGAGGCUCCAGGCCAGCCCCGGCCCCCUGCACCCAGCAAGGCCACGGACACCAUCAAGGAUUACGAGCUGUGGCUGGAGAUGUGCAUUGCUGCCCUGGAGAGGAACGUCUCUGAGGAGGAGCUGGCGCAAGUGGACAAGACUGUGGAUGCCCUGGCUAAGUGGGAAAUGUUUACAGGCCAGCUGCCUGCCAUGAGGAAGGACCUGCCCUUUGCUAGGGACAGCACCGGGCUACGCAAAGUUCUUGGAGACAAAUUUUCCUCCUUGAGGAGGAAGCUGAGCUCCAGAAAACUGUCCAAAGGGGAAUCAUCCCCUCAUCACUGGCGGUGGGAGGACAAUUAGGCUGGGGCUGCCUUGGGCCAGCUUUGCUUCCAGCCUUCCUCACCCCAAGCCAUUGCUGUCUCAGAGAAACAGCAACUCCCCCAGGAAUAAAAGGUGUUUUGUUUUCUGAGAUUGUUAA